AGACUUUCCUCAAAGGAUGGCAGUUCUGAAAGCAGCAGCUUCCCUUCAGAGCUGGCAUCAGCCUUGACCCUUAAUUUGAUGUGUAGAUUGUCUCGAAGUAUGCCAAGGAACAAGUAACAAGCUGACACAGCUGGGGAAUCUGGAGGACCAUUUCAUCAGCCUGCAGAGGAUGUAUAGCAACUGUGAGAUAGUGCUUGGCAAUCUGGAGAUAACGUAUGUGGAGCGCAAUUAUGAUCUCUCAUUCCUGAAGACGAUACAGGAGGUUGCAGGUUAUGUGCUUAUAGCGCUCAACACUGUGGAUAACAUUCCAUUAGAGAAUCUCCAGAUCAUCCGUGGGAAUGUGCUGUAUGAUGGCUUUUAUGCACUGGCAGUUUUAUCCAAUUAUCAAAUGAAUAAAACCAAGGGACUCAGGGAGCUGCCAAUGAAACGGCUGUCAGAAAUUCUUAGUGGAGGAGUUAAAAUCAGCAACAAUCCCAAACUAUGUAACAUGGACACAGUUCUCUGGGAUGAUAUUAUUGAUAUCAGCAAAAAACCUCGUCUGCUUUUGGAUUCUCCAAGUAAUCUGACUAAUUGUCCAAAAUGCCAUUCAAACUGCACAGAAGAUCACUGCUGGGGUGCUGGAGAAACGAACUGUCAAACAUUGACAAAAGUCAUCUGUGCCCAGCAGUGCUCAGGCCGGUGUAGGGGAAGGGUCCCCAGUGACUGUUGUCAUAACCAGUGUGCUGCUGGGUGUACAGGGCCUCGAGAGAGUGACUGUCUGGCAUGUCGCAAGUUUCGCGAUGAAGCAACCUGCAAGGAUACUUGCCCACCUUUAGUUCUGUAUAAUCCCACCACCUACCAGAUGGAUGCCAAUCCAGAUGGAAAAUACAGCUUUGGAGCCACGUGUGUGAAGAAAUGUCCCCAUAACUAUGUGGUGACAGACCAUGGCUCCUGUGUUCGGUCAUGUAAUGUUGAUACCUAUGAAGUGGAAGAAAAUGGUGUUCGGAAAUGUAAAAAGUGUGAUGGGAUUUGCAGCAAAGUUUGCAAUGGGAUCGGAAUAGGUGAACUUAAAGGGAUUCUCUCCAUCAAUGCUACAAAUAUUGACUCUUUCAAAAAUUGUACCAAGAUCAAUGGGGAUGUCAGCAUCCUGCCAGUAGCAUUCUUUGGUGAUGCAUUCACAAAAACCAAACCUUUGGACCCAAGGAAACUAGAUGUCUUUAAAACAGUCAAGGAAAUAACAGGGUUUUUGCUGAUUCAAGCUUGGCCUGAAAAUGCCACCGAUCUCUAUGCUUUUGAAAAUCUGGAGAUUAUAAGAGGCAGAACUAAGCAACAUGGUCAGUAUUCUCUUGCUGUAGUUAACCUAAUGAUACAGUCCCUGGGAUUGCGCUCGCUCCAGGGAAUAAGUGAUGGUGAUGUGGCCAUCAUGAAAAACAAAAACCUCUGCUACGCUGAUACAGUGAAUUGGCACAGCCUAUUUGCAACACCUACUCAGAAAACAAAAAUUGCACAAAACAGAAAUAAAACUGAAUGUGCCACUGCAAGACACGUAUGUGACCCCUUAUGUUCAGAUGUUGGGUGUUGGGGGCCAGGACCCUCCCAUUGCUUUUCCUGUCGUUUCUUCAAGCGUCAGAGGGAAUGUGUGAACCAGUGCAAUAUAUUGCAAGGAGAGCCAAGAGAAUUUGAAAAAGACUCUGAAUGUCUCCCGUGUCAUGCAGAAUGCCUGGUGCAAAACUCAACAGCAUACAAUGCAACUUGCACAGGACCUGGACCAGACAACUGUAUGAAGUGUGCCCAUUAUAUUGAUGGUCCUCACUGUGUUAAAUCCUGCCCAGCUGGAGUCCUGGGUGAGAAUGAUACCUUAGUCUGGAAAUAUGCAGAUAAAAAUUCAGUUUGUCAGCUCUGCCAUCCAAAUUGCACUCGGGGGUGCAAAGGGCCCGGUUUGGAAGGAUGUCCAAAUGGCUCCAAAAUCCCAUCUAUUGCAGCUGGUGUUGUUGGAAGUCUCCUUUGUUUGGUUGUGAUUGCUUUGGGGAUUGGUCUUUACCUACGCAGGCGGCAUAUUGUUAGAAAGCGUACGCUGCGCAGGCUUCUUCAGGAGAGGGAGCUUGUUGAACCUCUAACACCCAGCGGGGAAGCACCAAACCAAGCUCAUCUGAGGAUUUUAAAGGAAACUGAAUUUAAAAAGGUCAAAGUUCUGGGCUCUGGAGCUUUUGGUACUGUUUAUAAGGGACUCUGGAUUCCUGAAGGAGAGAGAGUUAAAAUUCCUGUUGCUAUUAAGGAAUUGAGAGAGGCUACGUCGCCAAAAGCCAAUAAGGAAAUACUUGAUGAAGCUUACGUAAUGGCUAGCGUUGACAAUCCUCAUGUAUGCCGCUUGCUGGGAAUCUGCCUUACUUCCACCGUCCAGCUUAUCACACAGCUUAUGCCGUACGGCUGCCUCCUUGACUACAUCCGAGAGCACAAGGACAACAUUGGCUCCCAGUACCUUCUCAACUGGUGUGUGCAGAUUGCAAAGGGAAUGAACUACUUGGAAGAACGUCGCUUGGUGCAUCGUGACCUGGCUGCCAGAAAUGUCCUUGUUAAAACUCCUCAACAUGUGAAGAUCACUGAUUUUGGAUUGGCAAAACUACUUGGUGCUGAUGAGAAAGAGUACCAUGCAGAAGGAGGCAAAGUUCCGAUUAAAUGGAUGGCCUUGGAGUCAAUUUUACACCGCAUUUAUACCCAUCAAAGUGAUGUCUGGAGUUAUGGUGUCACAGUCUGGGAAUUAAUGACAUUUGGAUCAAAGCCUUACGAUGGGAUUCCAGCCAGUGAAAUUUCAUCCAUCUUGGAGAAAGGCGAGCGUUUGCCUCAGCCUCCAAUCUGUACCAUUGAUGUGUAUAUGAUCAUGGUCAAGUGCUGGAUGAUUGAUGCCGACAGCCGCCCCAAGUUUCGGGAGCUGAUUGCCGAGUUCUCCAAAAUGGCUCGAGACCCCCAGCGUUAUCUUGUUAUACAGGGAGAUGAAAGAAUGCACUUGCCAAGUCCUACAGAUUCGAAGUUUUAUCGCACCUUGAUGGAAGAGGAGGACAUGGAAGAUGUUGUUGAUGCAGAUGAGUACCUCAUUCCACAGCAGGGAUUCUUCAACAGCCCUUCAAUAUCCCGGGCUCCCCUCUUGAGCUCAUUGAGUGCCACCAGCAACAAUUCAACCACAACCUGCAUUGAUAGAAAUGGGCAAGGGCAUCCAGUGAGGGAAGACAGCUUUGUCCAGCGGUACAGUUCAGACCCAACUGGUGUUUUCUUGGACAAGAGCAUAGAUGAUGGCUUCCUGGCUGCCCCUGAAUAUGUAAAUCAGUCGAUCCCCCCAAAACCACCUGCCUCUCUGGUACAGAAUCCAAUCUACAACAAUUUCUUGCUCCCAGCAGAUUCAAAGCCCUCUACAGACUCAAGAUGUCAGAAUUCCCACAGCACAGCAGUGGACAACCCAGAAUAUCUCAACACAAACCAGUCUCCUUUUGCCAAAACGAUUUUUGAGAGCUCCCCUUAUUGGGACCAAACUGCCAAUCACCAAAUAAAUCUGGACAACCCUGACUACCAGCAGGACUUUUUACCUAAGGAAACAAAGCCUAAUGGCCUGUUUAAAGUUCCUGCAGCAGAAAAUCCUGAAUACUUAAGGGUAGCAGCACAAAAAAGUGAAUAUAUUGAAGCCUCAGCAUGACCACAGAGAAUCCCAUCUUGCAGUAAUAAGAAUGGAAAUCCAGGUGAAUACUCUGACUGCUGCAAGAUAUUAACAGGUAGAACAGUAUCCACAAUGCAUGCUUUUUCCUUUCAAGCAUGUGGGCUGAAUUCACCAAGCUCAUUUUACAGCAUAAGGUGGGCCUUUUCUUGCCCAUUUCCAUACGUAACUUAGGCACAUACCAUCCACUUGUAUGCAUGUUGGGAUAAAGCAAAGACUUAUGCAAAUAAGAAAUUGCAGGUACAUUCCUUUUGUUUUCAAAUGGUAGCAUUAUAAAAAGCCAUUUGGGGAUGAAUUUUAAGAGCUGUCCUCAUUGUAAAGUUGAAUUCCUUUCUACAGUGCACAUUUUUUGUAAACUUUUCUAUCAGGAGUUUUUUGGAUCUCUGAGAAGAUCAUAAGCUUAUACUGUUGGACUGUUGUGUGACCUUCAGAUAGCCAGAAAAAGAAAAGAGCAAGACAUUAUUUAAUAUGGUAAGAAGAGUUUUGCAAAACUUUUGGAACAUAAAUAGUUGUUCCAAGUCAUUGCACCUUGGAUAUUGGCUCCAUUUCCUGCUUCUUCAUACAACCAGGGAGAAGAAAACAUCGGGGAGAACUGGGGAGAUUCUGCUCAGUAAGGUGUUUUUUAAUGGAACAGGUUGGAUGGCAGCCCACAUUCCCUACUGACCACUACUGUUGAAAACCAACAGGGAGAACUCAGCACAUAGAAGAGUUGCUUAUUAAGUACUUGCUAGGUUAUUGUCUGUAAGGUGAAUACCAUGCUUUCAGUCUGUUCCAUUGUUUAGCUCUAGACUUGUCAAACAUUACACUUUUUAUAAAUGGUACUUUUAAAGAUGUUGCUGAAACUGAAAAAUGAAGAACCAAAUUCCCUUCGACUCAACCUUUAUUGGGCAAACUUGCUAAAUGUCAAGGAAAUGCAAAAAGUUUAUAAGUGGAAUCAUCAGCAAGACAGCAAGUGAUUAGAAUACAAAUGGGCAAAAUUUAAACUUGGCAUGGACAAAAAUGCAAAAAAUUUUUGCCCAGGAAAUAAGUUGUUUUUUUUUUUUUAAGUAGCUCAAACAAUGAAUCCUUUUCUUGUAAAAAUAAAUGGGUAAAGAAAGGAUUUAAAAAUGCGCAAGCAUUAUUAUUUAAUUAUGUAGUUAUUAAAUUGUUUAUUAUUAUUAUUAUUAUUAUUAUUAUUAUUAAAAAAUAACCCCAUUGCAGAGGAAAGCCAAUAGCUGAGGCACAACAGGGGAACAGCUUGUCACUUAGUUAUCUACCAUGUUAAGCUCUCCCUGUCCUGGGAAUGGAAGGAAUCAGAGAAACAACAAGAAUAUAACUCAAAACAUUUGAUCUAUUUGACUCUUCUGUAAUGUAAGGCUAGAGAAAAUUCUAAAGGAGUCUGUCUCCUUUGAUAAUCCCAGCACAAAUAUCUAAUGGUCACAGUGGAAUAGUCAGUCAUUCCAGGUAAAUAUUUGUCUUGAUAAGAAAAAUAUACCUUAUAUUGAUUUUGUAUAUAAAACUUACUAUACCAGAAGCUACCAAGAUUACCAGAAGCUUCUUUUAUUGUGAAUAGGCUGGGAGGGAGAACUACUUCCAGAACUACUGGAAACUUGUCAGUACUUUUUGUUAAUGUUUUUCCGUAUCUUCUUUGAAAGGAGUAGGGAAAAAUAAUACUUAAAGCACUGAUUCCAAGAAUAAUAGUAAUAUGGAGACAUCUCCCACCUUAUUUGGAAAACACUACAACCCACUGCAAUACUGUUGAUCUAUAAAACUGUAGGAAACUGUCAAAUUAUACCAUGAAUAUAAAAUGAAUUGUCCUAUUUUGCAGAAUACUGAAGUAUAGCUUCGCACUGAUAACCUGCACAGAUGCAGUAAAAUGUCAGUAACAAUCCAGAAUCUGGUACAAGAAAGGAAAUAUGGUUGAAAUUCAUGUGUUGUCCUAUCCUUAGGUAUAUCCCUCUCACAAUGACUGAAUCCCAAUCAGAGCCUUACAGGGAAUGCAAUGUCUCACUUUGAUUCUUUAAUGCUUAUUUAAAGCAUUAAAUAAAAUUCUGCUCUCCAAUACAAAUUUACACUUGUAUAUCUGAGAACAAAAUUCAGUGAAUUGUGUUGUGAAAAUGCAAUAGAUGCAUGUGUCGAGACAUCUUCUUUUUUCAUUAACAGUCUCAUAUGGUAAGGAUAGACAUGCAUGAAAGAUUGUAACAGAAGCCAUAAACAGUUAAUUAGUAUGCUAAAUCUAUUGCAUCUCCCAGCAAUAUAGCAUAAUACAAUAUUAUGUAUUUCAUUAUAGAGUCUUUACUAUACCACAGAAGGAUUAAGGGUUAAAAAUGUUAUUUAAAAACAAUGCACACUUAAGAUGUAGCACAAUUUUAGCAGCAUUAUGUAGCAUGGAAACUAUUUAAUACAGGUUAACCUCCCUGUACUUUUCAACAAGGAUUUUAUAACAUAGCUACCUUGAAAUCUGAGUCAUGUAACUCUGUUUAUUCAGAGUUUCAGAAAUUUAAAGUUGGGUUGUUUGUCUUUUAAUUUAUGUUUUUUAAAUCAGAAAGUUGAUAUAUAUAUGCUACCUUCUCAUGCAAGUAUUCUCUCUAGUUUAUGAACUAUCAAUGUAUGUCCUGACUCCAAGCUUACAAACUAGCAAUAUUUUAAAACAGUGUUAAUAAAUAAGUAUCAAAUAAGCCAUGAUUUUUCUAAUAGGCAGCUCAUCACUAACUUGAAAGUAGCAAGUAUAUUAGUGUGUCAGCUCAGCUUCCUUGCAUUAAAUCAAGACUCUCUGGGCAUUUGUAUACAUGCUUGCACUGCAGCACUGGGAGUUCUAAAGGCGCGUGGUGCUUCAGUGCAUGCAUUUGUAUAAAGGGUGAAAUGUUCAUCAGUGCUGAGAAAAUGGUAGCAGCACGGUUUUGAACUAAAACACAGCAGAGGUGUUUCAGUUAAAAAAUGCACCACCAUCAUUUUCUCAGCACUGACUCACAUUUCGCUGUUUAUACAAAUGCAUGUGAUGCAGCGCCGGGUGCAUCAGGUCGCAUGCGGAGCAGACUUGAUUAAUCGAGUCUGUUCUGACAUGCUGGAUCUCCAUGCCCCCCUUCCUCCCUUGCUACGCUGCAUACCCAGAGACCCCUGCUGCUGCACAGCACACCCCUACUAUUGCUCCCUGUGCCUCCCUGCUGCAAACCAUGCUCCCAUGCCCCAACUUGUCCUUAGCUUCCCAGCUGUGAGCUUCCCUACUCCACCAAGGCACUCAGGCAUGCUGGGCUACAGGCUCCCCCAGCACUGACAGCUCUGCUGUGCUACCUUUCCCCCUUGGGCAGGGGCAGGAGCAAUAAGGAGAUGCUGGAGAGAGUGGGAUCCUGGACACCUCAGCUACUGUUGUAGCCAGAGCAAUGAGGGGGGAGCAGCAGCCAGGUAAUGUCCGGGGGGGGGGGCACUGCAAUUUAAUCCCUUGUGGGCCAGCAGUUAGACAUCUCUGUAUGAAACCAUUUCUAAUGCUAUUUAAGAAUAUUAUUGUAACUAAAUGGUGUAAAUGAUCUGUUUUUUGUACUUAAGCACAACAGUGGUGCCAAGCAGGGAUCCUGCUUAGAACCAUAGGUAACUGAGAGGAUAAAAGGUGGCUACGUACCCACUUCACAGUUAUGGGAUUUUGCUAGAUGUGCUGUUCUGUGAACUGUGCCCACUAGAGGGCAACAAUAAGCUUAAAUAUCUGAGUGCUGGUAAAGGAGAAUGUUUUUACAUUUUUAAUAUGGAAGCACUUCCUGAUUUUGAUGAGUUGGCAACGAUAUUGAAUUGCAAGAUUAGCAGAAAAGAAGCACCUCUUGUGUAAAGGUCUAUUAUAAAUAAAACAUUUUCUAAAUACUAGAAUUUUAGAGACCAAUGCAACUUUAAGAAGUCUUGUAUUGCCUGUUAACAAGAAAAAAUUGCCUAAACUAUGAGAUCCUGCAGACCACAACAGAUUUUGUAGAAUUCCACGUCAGAAGUGUUUGAAAAACAUCACCACCAAUAUAUUUCAAUGUAGGAAGGAAUGCUGCUGGAGAGGACUAUAUGUACUUGAUAUUUCACAACUGAUAACAAUUCAAAUAUUUUAAAAAUAAUUUCACAGUAAAACCCUACACACAGAGAUCAUUACAAAUUCUGAUCAACUGCAGAAUGCCAAGUAAUCCAAGCUAAAGUCAGAAUUGUCGCAUCAUUUUAGUCUUGUUCAGCGUUCUUUGCACACUGCCCAGCUUAGAUUGGCUUGAAAUUGCUUUGUUUGAACUAGGAGAGUUGGGACGGGAAAUGUGGUUUAAGUGAAUUCACUGCCAAGUUUGAUGCCUUAGGCUGCAAACAGACAUCUCAUUUAUCCCAGGAUAAAUCCUAAAACAGUUUACUAGCUAAGAAGUACUAACAGUUUAUCCAAGGAUAUUGCAGACUACAUCCUGGGAUUACAUCAAAUGGUAGAAAAGCAGUGCUGCAUUCAGCCACUCACUAAACUGUGAUCAGAAGGACAUGCCAAUCCUGGGAUAUGAGUCAAACAAGUUGAGCACUUCAUAUUGGAGAGUACCUGAGAUAUCUUGAGUCUGAGCGUGACUCAUGAUUAUGUCAGCAAGACAUUUUGCAUUUCCUGACAAGCAUGCAUUUUUCAGAGUAAAAUUCAACAUCUGCUAUAGCACACAAGCUGCUACCUCUUCAAUGUCAGUGGUUAAAACUGCUCUAGCUUUUUUCUUUUACAUUUCUCUGUGAGAAAACAUUUUAAUUGAGACAAAGUAAUCACAUGUAUUUGUAUUCCCCCUUCUUACUGAAAAUGUACACUAAUGAAACCUUAAACUCUGUAUAAUAACACUGCCAAGCAUGACAUGUUUUAUAGUGCUGUUAGAUCACCACUAAACCAGACUUUUUGUAUUGAAAUCCUGGCUUUCUACCUUUGUUUCCUCAAUGUGUUUGGUUUCUUCUCCGCUCAAACUUACAACUUGUUAAGAAGACUUUAAAAAAAAAUGAAAUAGGGAAAAAAAGAAUUUAUAUAAAAGAAAAACAAGAUAUCUUUUAAUAGCUUUUUAAACAGGCUGCAUUAGGACCAAAGAUAGAAUGUCUUAUUUUAUUGCUUUAAAUUAACUGACUGUAAAUUCCACAUCUUGUCUAGGAGAGUGGGGAAGAACAGGUCCCUGGCGCUAGCCCUGCCACAGAAUAUGCAGGAAGUUCUGCUACAAGGUGUGGGUCUCAGCAUGAAAACAGACUUGCCAUACAAAUGCAGUCUGGAGAAUUGGGACCAUAUAGGACUUGUGCCAAAUCUGGAGCCUUGACUCAAUUUUGCCUCAAAAAAAUCUACUCUGAAGAAAAAAACCCUUUCAUUGAAUUUAAUGGGAUGUUUGUCCAAUUAAGGACUUGAGUGAAAAAUGAAUAAAGUUGGCUUUGGCUCAUUGUCAGGCAAAAUAUAGAUUUGCAGAGGAUGAGUGAUUUAGAUCACUGCUUUUUAGGUAUGUGGGCAGACAAUAAGACUAGAGACUUGCAAGCAUGUUUUUGGCUAAAUAUUAAUGAUGGGGGAGCUCAAAACAUGAACGUUUCAUGAGAAACUUCUGUUUCCCUGCCAUUGCUUCUGCCUGCUUUGGAUGCUGUACACAAUUUGAGGGCUCCUACUUCUCAUUAACCCUAUGGACUCAGAAUUAUAGUUGUAAUUUUCUAUUAAUAUUAAUGGCAGUCAGUGCGCAUAUAUCCUUUAUCCACCUAAAUGGAAAUCGGUACUUACAUGGUUCAGAAGGAUGGAAUAUUCUUAGGCUCUGACAUAGUCGAGGCACAGCAAUCACUCAGCAAUAUCUUAAUUAAGGAAAAAGGUUUUCUAAGACAUAAAAAGAGAAUCUGGAACAUAGCUGCCAAAAACCACAUAAUAUAUUGAGCCAAAUCUUGGUCCCACUAAAGCCAAUGGAGAAAUGCCUUAAGCCAGACUGCGGUCAUUUUAUGUUUUGCUGUUUUCUACAUCUUGCCCUUACCCUUUUCUAACUUCAUUGUGGUAAAAGAAGGGCAAGGGGGUGAGGAUAUGGGUGUGACACGGAGGAAAAUAUGCCACCUCAUUGUAACACCUCUCUACUAGUUUCAUGAGGUAUUUAUCUACAUGUAACAAUCAGUGUAACCAUCUUAACCCUCCCAGUUGUGCUGGAGUUUGCCCAAAACAUCCUUUUAAUAUUUUAUAAUCCAUCUGAUGGGUGGAGAUUUUCCAAAGCCAUCAGUGUUGCUCUGACAGUUUGUAAAAGGGGUUGUGUGAAACCGAGAGGCCUGUGAUAGCUGGGGCUUAUGUACCUAACUCUGUACCCACUGAAAUCAAUAGGAGUUUUAGCACUGUGUUUGUACUGCAUCAAAGCACAAUGAAACUAAUGUUAAAGGGUUUUGAAAAUCCUUCCUUCCCACUACACACAGAGAUCCUAUGGAUCCAAUGCCCAUUUUAAGCUGGUCUUUAAUAAUGCAAUCAACUGAGCAUAAGGAAUAAUGUCUUGGUUUUAACAUACUCUUAAGCAAUAUCUCUAUGGGUAUAGAUGGUACCUUUCAAUAAUUGUAAAAGUUUUCCAACUAUGGAAGCACUAUUUGUACAAAUAAACACUGUCUUUUUAUAUGGUUUCAUGAUUUAUACUAUUGAUUAAAGAUUGUUUGUAUAUUGAGCGAUUAAAAAAAAAGGUGUAUAUUAUUCUUUUAAAUUGUUUUUAAUUUUUGAAGCGCAUUUAUUGUAAUAUACUGUUGCAUUGGGGGAGGAUCAUGUUGGCUGCUUUGUAGGGUAAUUAUCUGUGGAUGAGUUAAUGGUAAAGGUUCUUUACUGAUAGACUUUGAAAUGUAAAAUGGUGUCACCAUGGGGAUUUAUCCAGAGCCUAGUGAAGCUAAUAACGUAAGGUACCUACUCUCCCUCUAGUACUUUUUAGCUCCCCUUCUGCCCAUUUUUUACUAUUGGAGUUUCAUAGUGUGAGAUAUGAUACCAGCUACUGUAGAUGCAAUAAGAAACCCCAGCUGAUGCUUAUCAAGGUGUUGGUGAAAUGUACCCUCCUGAAAUGGAGAGCCAUAUCUCAUUUUAAUUUUUCCACAAGUAUAGAUACCAAAUCAAAGCAACCCCUUGCUUUUAAGUUCUUAGGGUAUUUUGCUGUUGGCCAUUUAUAAGUUAGGUACAAUUGUGAGUUGUACAACAGAAGUGCAAGGUGAGGGGGUAUAAAUACAUUUAAGAAAACCACAAUCACUAAAAGAUUUCUGUACAUAGGGAAUUACAUAAGAAAAUAGAGAAAAAGAAAGUAAAGGGAAUAAAAUGUAGAACCUACCACACUAAGCAAGAGUAAAAUGGGUCAUGUGUAAAAAAGCAAUGAAAUCUGUAUGGUAAUACAGUAAGGAGAAGAUGUGCCUGUCAGUGAAAUAAUGGGAACACUAGGACUGCAAAAACAAUGGGAAAUGCAGUCAACUAAUCCUGUACAAGGAAGCCCAGGGGUCUUCUAUAUACAUGACAUUAGACAAUCCAAGAUGUGUAACUCUCCCUUGAGUGUAAAAAGUUGCACAGAAGGAUCAAAGGAAGCACAUAGUCUUAAAUGUAAUGGAGAUUUCCAUCAGGUUUAGAGAAGGGAGCAAAAAGCUAUUUUGUAAUCCUCUAAAAGGAAAAUACCUUUUUGUUGCAGAGAUGGUAAAGAACAGCUAAUUUGGAACUGGGAUCGUGAAGCACAAGAUCAGCCUGGAUAAGUCCCCUUUCAAAUGACUUGUAAUUUAAAAAAAAAAUUUUGUUUUGGUUUAUACAUACAUUUUGUACAUAGGAAAAAGCCACUACAACACCUCAACAUUAUUUUCCUUUCAUCUGAUUCCUUCCAAUACAUAGACUGCAUGCGGAACCAUCUUGACAUAUUUUAUGCAGAAACUGCCUAGUCUUAAAACACCUAUUACAGAAAUGUCUAAUGCACAUUAAUGCAUGAUAUUUUUAUUUUAAUAAAAUUA